AUCAUGAUUUCAAGUGACACAAUCUUACAGAUCUUUCUCAUAUUCCAGUUAUGUUUUGGUGUCAUCGGGAACUCAGCAAUGUUAGUGUUCUAUAUAUACAAUUUUGUCUUCAGGCCUCAUUAUAGAAAGUUGAUAGAUUUAGUUUUCAUGCACCUGACAAUAGCUAAUAUUUUAAUGAUUGUAUUUCUAUUGACAAAACAUAUCAUGUUAUCCUUUGGAGUACCCAGUUUUCUGGACGAUAUCCAUUGUAAGGCAAUUUUGUUUUCAAGCAGAGUCAGCCGGGGUCUGUCCAUCUGCAGCACCUGUGUUCUAAGCACAUUCCAAGUUAUCACCAUCACUCCCAGUAAUUCUAAGUGGGCCUGGCUUAAGCCUAGACUCUCUAAAUGGAUUUUUUAUUCCAUACUUUGCUCCUGGCUUAUUAACAUACUAAUCUAUGGGUAUAUGCUUGACCUGGUAAUAGCCAAAAUCAAUAAAACCCAUGUUGGCCAUGAAUUUUCAGAUGGAUACUGUCAAAAUAGGCAGUUUGGUAAUCACAAAUCAUGGUUAUUUUUUAGCAUUAUUAUCCUUCACGAUCUCUUCUUUGUGGCUAUCAUGAUGUGGGCCAGCCUCUACAUGGUGGUUUUUCUCUACAGACACCGCAAGAGAGCCCAGCAUCUCCACAGCCCAAGCCUCUCCUCACAGCCUUCUCCUGAGCGCAAAGCCACUCACAGCAUCCUGUCUCUGGUGAGCUGCUUUGUGUUCAUUUAUUGGUUGAGCAACUCCAUCACCCUUUAUGGCUUUUAUACAAAAGAAAAAAUUCCAAGACUGGAGUCAAUUAAUGCAAUUUUAACAACAUGCUACCCAACUAUCUGCCCUAUUUUACUCAUGAAGAAUAAUAAAGUUAUUCUGCAAUUCAUUUCAUUAUUUUCUCUACUGAGAAUGACCUGUUUUCAAAGUUCACUCCAUGGCUGA